GCCGAUUGCCGACUGGACCGCUUAUCUACAAACAUAACCUUAAAUUCCUGUAUUUAUUGAACUUUCUUUCAUAAAAGAUAAGUUUUCCACGCUCAUAUCAAUAUUGCAAAGUCAUAUUAACUUGAGCAGUGAUAAGAAAUUGUUACUAAGGUUAUCAUUCAGCAUGGUUGUGUCUGAGGAGACCCAGCCCACUGUAGAGGGUGAUGCGGCCGUCAGCAAGAAAGCGGCCAAGAAAGCUGCUAAAGCCGCUGAAAAGCAACAGAAAAAGGCGGACCAUAAGUCAGCAUCAGCUCAACCUCAAGCGGAAGCAGAACCCGAUUUCUCCGAAGGACUCUACGGCACGUACAAGCUGAUGCAGUCCUCAGGAGAGCACAGGGAUAGAGUCUAUACGGAUGUCAAAGAUUUGUGCGUUAAGAAGAACGAACAGAAUGUGUGGGUGCGAGCCCGUCUCCAAACGUCUCGUGCUAAAGGCAAGCAGUGUUUCGCCGUAUUACGUCAGUCUUCGAGUACUAUCCAACUUUUGGUAUCGGUCAGCGAAGAGAAGAAAGUCAGCAAGCAAAUGGUGAAAUUCGUUGGAAACAUCACAAAGGAAUCCAUUAUAGACGUGCACGGUACAGUCGUUAAAACGGCAUCCCCCGUCGAAUCUUGUACAGUCAGCGAUGUAGAACUGUUAGCCAGCGAAAUAUGGGUGGUUUCAAGUGCUAAGGCACAGUUGCCUUUGCAAAUAGAAGAUGCGGCUAGACCAGAGAAAAAUGAUGACCCAGAGGCUCUCAAGAUUCGAGUAAAUCAAGACACACGUUUGGACAAUCGAGUAUUAGAUCUCCGUACUCCUGCCAACCAGGCCAUCUUCAGGAUAGAAGCUGGAGUAUGUAGACUGUUCAGGGACAUACUUACGAAGAGAGGUUUCGUUGAGAUUCAUACGCCGAAGAUAAUUUCAGCAGCAUCCGAGGGCGGAGCUAAUGUCUUCACCGUGUCUUAUUUCAAGUCUUCCGCAUAUUUGGCUCAAAGCCCGCAACUUUACAAGCAGAUGGCUAUAGCUGCUGAUUUCGACAAGGUUUUCACAGUCGGUGCAGUGUUUCGCGCCGAGGACUCCAACACCCAUCGCCAUCUCACAGAAUUUGUGGGCUUAGAUCUUGAGAUGUCAUUCAAACACCAUUACCAUGAGGUUCUGGACACCAUAGGGCAGACCUUCACAGAUAUGUUCCGAGGACUUAGGGAUGAGUUUGCCUCAGAAAUAGCAACUGUUGGCCAACAGUACAGUGUUGAACCAUUCAAAUUCCUCGAUCCUCCGCUGAGACUGGAGUUCCCUCAAGCCAUACAAAUGCUGAAGGAAGCUGGUGUGACGUUAGGUGAAGAAGACGAUCUAUCGACUCCUGAUGAGAAGUUACUAGGAAGAUUGGUGAAAGCCAAGUAUGACACUGACUUCUAUAUGCUGGACAAAUAUCCUUUGGCUGUCCGCCCGUUCUAUACUAUGCCUGAUCCUAAUAACCCGAAAGUGUCAAAUUCUUACGAUAUGUUUAUGCGAGGCGAAGAGAUACUUAGUGGAGCUCAGAGGAUUCACGACCCCGAAUUCUUGACUGAGAGGGCCAAGCACCAUGGUAUAGAUAUCAGUAAAAUAGCAGCGUACAUAGAAUCGUUCCGUCUGGGUUGCCCUCCUCACGCUGGCGGAGGUAUCGGAAUGGAAAGGGUGGUAAUGUUAUAUUUGGGAUUGGACAACAUUCGCAAGACUUCCAUGUUCCCGCGCGACCCUAAAAGAGUGACGCCUUAGUUUCAUUAAUGACACCCUAGUAUUGUCAUUAAUGAUGAAUUCUUCAAUGAUAUAGUGAUUGCUGUGAGGCUGGCAAUUAUAGUGACGCCCCUAAUGAUUUCAUUAAUGAUACUUUUGUAUCACUAAAUUGAUGUCAUUAAUGACAAUAU